ACCUCAUAAAGUAUACAUAUAUUCCAACAUCCACAAGGUGUGGUGUACUUAUAACAAACUGCUCUCCAUGCAGGAGGAUUAUACUUAAAAUUAUGGAGUUCAAAAUUCGCUAGGAAUACAUUAUGACUAAGGCCAAACAGAUGCGUAAAUAAAUUUCAGCUUGCAGACUGAAAACACCCCGUAAUCCGACCGAAAGUGUAUAUAUAUAUUUCUACAUAGCUAAAUAAAAAAUACACAUCACAUAAGUAUUAUAUAUAUAUAUACAUGACACAUAUAGCUAUAUAUACACACACAUACAUAGCUGUUGAAAGCUGAUUAUUGUUUGGAAUAUAUGUGGGAAAGGGCUUAUGGGCAAAAUCCCAACUACCAUUUUAAAAAAAGAGAGCACGACUAGGGCACAACUCACGCAAAAUUCAAGCGUUGAAACUGUGUAUUGAUCGGUUGAGCGGUGUUUGUCUUGCCUUUUCUCAUUUUCUACCCAUCGAUAGCAUCCCUCCCUUCAAUUUGCAUCUCCAAAACUUGCUUGCUCUAACUCCCUUAAACUUGCGAUCAAAGCCUUCCCUUUUAUACCAAAAACGACAUUAACUCAUCAGCCAUCGUUCAUCCAGUCGAUCACGGUUCUCAAUUUAUUCUGGACGGGUACUGUGUGUUAUGUGUGUACAAGUUUUGCAGGUACAUGUUUCUUGGAAGGUGGUACGUUCUAGUACUACACUGCUUUCUCUCCUCCUUAAUUUGAGGAAAGUAUUCUUUUUCGAGAAGAAGCUAGGAUCAGUUGAUACAGGUGAAUGAAGAAAUGAGAUCAUCCCGAAGCAGCUCAAAGCGAUCCUCCUACGCUAGGUCGUUCGAGCUGCCCGAGGAUGACCUCGACGAAAGCCCAAAAACAAUCGGCGGCGCGAUGCUCCCUAUAUUCCUCAGCGACCUGCAACACAACCAGAACCGGCAUCACCAUGACGAGCAGGACCUUGUUGAGAUAACCCUAGACAUCGAUGACGACUCCAUCAUCGUCCGCAGUGUGACCCCGACACCACAGGGACAAUGUGGAUCCACCCAAGCUUCUAGAGAAGUCGAAAAUGGAGAUGCAGUCCUCGAGCGGAAUCUCUCAAUAACAGCAAGGAUACGGAAGAAGUUCCCAUGGAUAAGGUCGAGCUCGUCCCGAGCAUCGUCUGAGGCUGGGGAGCCGACUGCAGUUUUAUCAUCCCGGGAGGUGAGAAGGGUCAGGGCGAGGCUAGACAGGAAUCGGUCGAGCGCGCAGAGGGCACUUGGGGGCCUCAGGUUUAUAAGCAAGACAACAGCAGGGGCGAAUGGCAAUGAGGAGAUGUGGAGGAAGGUCGAGCAGAGGUUCGAAUCCCUUGAAAAAGAUGGGCUUCUAGCAAGAGAGGAUUUUGGGGAAUGCAUAGGGAUGGUGGAUUCGAAGGAGUUUGCAGUAGGGAUGUUCGAUGCACUGGCAAGAAGGAGGAGGCAGAGGGUUGUGAAGAUCACGAAAGAGGAGCUUUACGACUUCUGGUUGCAGAUUUCAGACCAGAGCUUCGAUGCUCGCCUUCAGAUUUUCUUCGACAUGGUCGAUAGGAAUGGAGAUGGGAAGAUCACUAGGGCAGAAGUUCAAGACCUUCUCAUGCUCAGUGCCUCUGCAAACAAGCUGUCCAAGCUCAAAGAGCAAGCUGAAGAGUAUGCUUCCCUCAUCAUGGAAGAACUCGACCCCGAAGGCCUCGGAUAUAUUGAGCUAUGGCAGUUGGAAACUCUCCUGCUCCAGAGGGACACUUACAUGAACUACAGUCGACCACUCAGCACUGCCAGUGUCGGGUACAUAAGCUCGUUCCGCCCGAGAAAUGUGGUCCGCAGAAUCAGCAACUCUCUUCGGUGUCUCCUACUUGAGAACUGGCAGCGUGGCUGGAUUCUCAUAUUGUGGGUCCUUGCUAUGGCUGGCCUGUUUGCCUGGAAGUUCAUCCAGUACCGGAACAAGGCAUCGUUUCACGUGAUGGGCUACUGCCUGCUUACUGCCAAAGGGGCUGCCGAAACUCUGAAGUUCAACAUGGCUCUCGUCCUCCUUCCAGUCUGUCGAAACACACUCACGUGGCUUCGGUCCACCAGGGCCAGGGUGUUCAUGCCACUCGAUGACAAUUUGAACUUCCACAAGAUCAUUGCUUGUGCCAUAGUGGUGGGGAUACUCCUUCAUGCAGGGAACCAUCUGGCAUGUGACUUUCCCCGCCUGACAAAUGCGUCCCCGGAGAAGUUUGCUCUCAUAUCUUCGGAUUUUAACCACAACCAGCCUACCUACCCAGAACUCCUGUCUGGAGUUGAGGGUUUGACAGGAAUAAGCAUGCUGAUUCUAAUGGCUAUCUCCUUUACCCUCGCGACACAUCGAUUCCGGAGAAACAUUGUGAGACUUCCCUCACCAUUCAAUAGACUAACAGGCUUCAAUGCGUUCUGGUACUCUCACCACCUUCUCGGGCUCGUCUAUGUCUUGCUCCUCGUCCACGGGACUUUCUUGUUCUUGGUGCACAAGUGGUACAUGAAAACAACAUGGAUGUAUAUUUCCAUUCCAUUGCUGCUCUACAUUGUGGAGAGAAGCCUACGGACAACUAGAUCAAAACAUUACACAGUGAAAAUAUUAAAGUCUCUACAGGUUUCUGUACUACCAGGGAAUGUCUUCAGCCUAGUCAUGUCAAAACCGCAAGGAUUCAAGUACAAGAGUGGGCAGUACAUAUUUCUGCAGUGUCCUGCAAUUUCCCCAUUCGAAUGGCACCCUUUCUCUAUCACUUCAGCACCAGGGGACGACUACCUCAGCGUUCACAUCAGAACUGCUGGGGACUGGACUCGAGAGUUGAAGCGGAUAUUCUCUGAAGGCACUGAUUCAUCAUGUGUCAUAGGCCGAGCUAAAUUUACACAAUUCGGCAAUAUCGAUCAGCCAGGCCAGCCGAGACUGCUUGUUGAUGGGCCUUAUGGGGCGCCUGCACAAGACUACAGAAACUACGAUGUAUUGCUCCUCAUCGGACUCGGGAUCGGAGCUACCCCAUUUGUAAGCAUCCUUAGAGAUCUCCUAAGCAACACGAAAAAUGUCGAAGAACUGACGAUGCAGGACUCCAACACGGAAACCAGUAGGUCUGAUGAUAGCAUGAAUAGCUACACAUCUUCAAAUCUGACACCAGGUAGCAGCAAGAAGAAGCCAAGGGCUUCAAGGGCUCACUUCUACUGGGUCACCCGGGAAUCUGGCUCAUUCGAAUGGUUUAAGGGCGUGAUGGAUGAAGUUGCAGGAAUGGACCACAAAGGCCAAAUCGAGAUGCACAAUUAUCUUACUAGUGUGUACGAGGAAGGCGAUGCUCGUUCUACCCUGAUCACUAUGGUCCAAGCUCUAAACCAUGCCAAACAUGGCGUGGACAUCCUAUCCGGCACUCGAGUAAGGACACACUUUGGAAGGCCGAAUUGGAGAGAAGUAUUCGUAAAGGUAGCUUCCAAGCACCCUUACGCCACAGUAGGGGUGUUUUAUUGCGGGAUGCCAGUGUUGGCGAAGGAGUUGCGGAAGUUGUCACGCGAGCUGAGUCACAGGACAUCAACACGGUUCGAAUUCCACAAGGAGCUCUUCUGAGUCAAGCAAUUGACAGAGGAGCAUGAAGCACGAUUUUUCUUUUUUAAGCUCAAAUUUCUUUUUGUAAUUAUAAAGAAAUAUAUAUGUUACAGGAAAAAAAAUUAAAAUGUUUACAAUUUUAUUAUAUAGAGGCUCUAAUGUACAUGGCAUCUAUACACAUGUAAUGAUAGGAAACUUCUGCAACAACCCAAUUUUUAAAGAAUGUAAGGGAGAAAGAACAUAUUUUAUUUUGGGAUUCCAACUGCCAUUGAAAAUA